CAAGCCGAUUUGUAAUUUCGAUAGUAUUUGGCUUAUUGCUGUGCGCGCUGGAUUUUCGCGACUUGCAUUUUAAAAAUAGUUAUGGUUUUUAUUUGCUAAUUUGUCAUGCGCCUGCUACGUUGCUACGCCACCAAAGCCGGUCGGGAACAUUACGCCAGCAGUAGCGUUAAGAUAUUUCGCAAGCUUCCGAGCAAAACUAUACUCAAAUCAAAACAUGCGCUGCCAACGACAACGACUUCGCCGGCAAACGUUGAAUACGCUGAGAAUUUGGUAAAAGUGCAGAUGAUAUCGCAGAAUUUACAUCGCCAAAUCUUUCCACAGGCUAAAAGAGAAUACCCGAAUUCAAAGCGCGUCGCUGCUAAAUUGUAUAAUGCAGAAUUGCAGCGCCAUGGCAUUGAUGUGGCCAGCACAGAGGCCAUGCCAGAUGUGGAACUGAAGCUGCCGCCGUUGCGCGGCAAAAACAUUGAAGAGCACUUUCAUGCCAUAGCUAAGGAGCAAGUGGCUCCGUAUGAGGCACUACUGCAACCACUAGUUGCCUGCCAGCAACUGCCUGCAAAGCCCAAACGUUGGGCCUUCUAUGCAGGCUGGACAGCCUACGAUCCGGUGGACGGCAGCGCCACGCCUGUGCCGCAGCCUCUAGAAAAAGGAAUCAUUUUCGAUGUGGAGGUCUGUGUGCGUGAGGGCAGCGCCCCUGUGCUAGCCACAGCGGUAAGCACCAAGUGCUGGUACUGCUGGGUCAGUCCGAAGCUGACAAAGCAUCGCUUGAGUGUGCCGCAAGUGGAGCCCAUUGAUGUGGAUCAAAAUGAGCGACCACAUUACACGCUGGACGAGCUCAUACCGUUGGGCUGUGGUGAACCGGGUCUGGUCGUGGGCCACAAUGUGUCCUACGAUCGGGCGCGCUUGCGAGAGCAAUAUUUGAUUGAGGACACAGGCACACGCUUUGUGGACACCAUGUCGCUGCACAUGUGCGUCAGCGGGGUCACCAGCUACCAGCGCGCAAUGCUCAAGUCUAAAAAGGAGCCGGCUGAAGAGGAUUCGGACUGGCGGGAACAGAGUGCGCUCAAUAAUCUGGUCGAUGUGCAUCGUCUGUACUGUGGCGGCGAGCCACUGUCCAAGGAGCCGCGUAAUAUCUUUGUCGAGGGCACGCUGGAGCAGGUCCGUCAGCAAUUUCAGUCGUUGGUGAACUACUGUGCCGGCGAUGUGGAAGCCACACAUCGCAUUUUAACCAAGCUUUAUCCCAUGUACGCCGCGCGUUUUCCACAUCCCGUCACUCUCGCGGGCAUGCUGGAAAUGGGCUCCGCCUAUUUACCUGUCAAUUCCAACUGGGAGCGCUAUAUACGUGACGCGCAGUUAAGUUACGAAGAUCUCAGCAUUGAGGCCAAGUACCAUUUGGGUCGUCGCGCCGAAGAGGCUUGCGCACUCCUCCAUGAUGCGCAGUAUCGCCAGCAUUUGUGGCUCUGGGAUGAGGACUGGAGUGUGCAGUCGCUCAAGCUUAAGCAGCUGCCCAAGCGCAAGCAGCUGCCCACUGUCCAGCUGCCGGAGCAAGAGCUGAGCCCAGAACAGUGCCGGUUGCAGCGCAAGUUCCAACAUCUUUACGAUCAACGCGCGCUGCUGCCGGCACGACGGCCACUGCUGCCAGGUUAUCCGCAGUGGUAUCGCAAACUUUGCCGCAAGCCGCCGACAAGCUACACCGAGGAGCAGCCGGAAGAAGCGAAUGUGGAGCCUUGGACGCCCGGCGCCUGUGAUAUUAGCACUGGCAUGCAAAUCGCGCCCAAGCUGCUGUCCCUUUGCUGGGAAGGCUAUCCGCUGCACUAUCAACGCGAACAUGGCUGGGGCUUUCUGGUGCCCUUUCGCAGCGUCGAGUGUAGCGGCAACAGCAAGCUGCCCAUUGAGCAGCUGCUCACACGCUGUGCCAUACCAGAGUUCGCGCGUCAGUAUGCAGCUGGUGAGGAUGGAGAACUGGCCAUGGACAUGCUGCCCAAACAAAUCGAUGAGCACCUAAGCAAGCGACAGUUCUACAAGAAGAUCUCACAGCGACAACAGCACUUGGAGCAGCAGUACAAAGGUUCCGGUGUCUGGUGCAAUCAGGUGCUGGACGAUUGCUGUUUCUUUCUGAAGCUGCCGCACAAGAACGGACCAUCGUUUCGUGUAGGUAAUCCUCUAUCUAAGGAUUUCUUAAACAAGUUCUCGGAGCAUGCGCUGAGUAGCGGUGAUCCCACGUGUCAGGCGGCGGCUCGCGUCAUUGAAAUUGCGCGAAUGAUGUCCUAUUGGCGCAACAAUCAGGAUCGCAUACUCGGCCAGAUGGUAGUCUGGCUGCAGGCGGACCAGCUGCCCAGCGGGCUGAGAGUUCAUGCAGAGCGUAUGGCUUAUGGCGCCAUUGUGCCACAGAUUGUAGUCGCCGGUACAUUGACUCGUCGCGCCAUGGAGUCCACUUGGAUGACCGCCUCCAAUUCGCGUGCCAAUCGCAUUGGCUCUGAAUUGCGCUCGAUGGUGCAGGCGCCGCCUGGUUAUAAGCUAGUCGGUGCCGAUGUUGACUCACAGGAGCUGUGGAUAGCCUCGGUGCUGGGCGAUGCCUAUGCGCAUGGCGAACACGGCGCCACGCCCCUAGGCUGGAUGACACUAAGCGGCAGCAAGUCCAAUGGCAGCGACAUGCACUCCAUAACCGCCAAAGUUGUAGGCAUUUCACGCGAUCAUGCCAAGGUGCUCAACUAUGCGCGCAUCUAUGGAGCUGGCCAGCAGUUUGCCGAGACGCUACUCCAGCAAUUUAAUCCUACGCUGAGCGCCACUGAAGCCAAGGCCAAGGCCAUGAAAAUGUUUGCCGCAACGAAGGGCAAGCGUGUCUAUCGACUGCGUGAAGAGUUCCAUGACGAACAGGAGGAUAGGCCCUACAGCAGCUACGAGGCCAAACGGCUGGCGCUCCAGCGUAAUCGUCCAGUAGGCGAGGUGUUUCAUCGUCCCAGCUGGCAUGGCGGCACGGAGAGCGCUAUGUUCAAUCGUCUGGAGGAAAUAGCUACACGCGAGCAGCCGGAGACGCCGUUUCUGAACUGCCGCCUAAGUCGUGCCCUGGAAUCACAUGGCGAAUCGGAUCAGGAACAGCGUUUUUUGCCCACCCGCGUCAAUUGGGUGGUGCAGAGCGGUGCUGUGGAUUUUCUGCACUUGAUGCUGGUCAGCAUGCGUUGGCUUCUGGGUACGCAUGCCCGCUUUUGUUUGAGCUUUCACGAUGAGCUACGUUAUCUGGUCAAGGAUGAACUAGCCGCCAAGGCAGCGCUGGCCAUGCACGUCACCAAUUUGCUGACGCGCUCUUUUUGCGCCUCACGCAUUGGCCUGACGGACUUGCCCAUGUCUGUUGCAUUCUUUUCUUCCGUGGAGGUAGAUACUGUGCUGCGCAAGGAGUGCACCCUGGACUGUCAGACGCCCUCCAAUCCUCAUGGUCUGCAAAUUGGCUACGGCAUUGCGCCUGGCCAAAGCCUGAGCAUAGAAGACGCUAUUGCCAAGGCUGGCGGCCAUGAUCUAAGUCAAUGGCCCUGGCUUAAGCGGCCUAAGGAGUUGAGCUAGCCUCUGGAAAGUCUUCAGUUAGUUGUUUUGUUUUUGUUAUGGAUAAGUCGAAAGGAGGAGCAGGCUGCUCUACAGAGCUAGACGUCUAUCAUAAAUAAAUGACCAAAUUACUUUCAAACAA